CAACACACACCGCCGCGAGCCAAUAAAGCGUGAACCCGUCCGUCCGGCUCGCACUUUAAGACUUCCCGAGCGGCCGCGGGGGACGCCAGUCGAUCUGGGAGACGCUUACCUGCCGCUGUCCUCGCCGCCCGGUGCACCUGGCCGCGAGGGCCUCCGUUCGAGGGAGGGCGGCGACGGCCCCGCGGAGUUGGAAACCGGCGCGCGCCGUCCCGGGCACGGUCUCCCCGAGGAACGCGGGGGCACUUGGGCGACUCCUUCCCUGAACUGCCCCCUCCCCUCCCCCGCCUCCGGCUCGGCCGGGGAAAGGUGGGACGGCUCCCGGCUCUGGUUACGGAAGCGGACGGUGCCGGGCGAGCAGGGUUCGAAAAUGCCCCGCGCGUUUCUGGUGAAGAAGCCGUGCGUCUCCACGUGCAAGAGGAACUGGAGCGAGCUCCCCGACGAGGAGCGCGGCGAGAUCUACGUGCCAGUCAGUCUGGGCUUCUGCCCACCGCAGCCCUACCGGGAGCCAGAGCCGUCAGUGGCUGAACCCCCGUCUUGCCCCCUGGUUUUGGACAUGAGCCUUCGGGACUCCAGCUAUAGUGUGGCCCCUGGGCCCUGCGUGGUAGCCCAGCUGCCCUCUGAUGACAUGAGUCGUUUGGCAGACCCCCAGAGCAGAGACCACGGCUUCCUGCGCACCAAAAUGAAGGUGACCCUCGGGGACAGUGCCGGCGGUGACCUCUUCACCUGCCACAUCUGCCAGAAGGCCUUCACCUACCAGCGCAUGCUGAAUCGUCACAUGAAGUGUCACAAUGACGUCAAGAGGCACCUCUGCACCUACUGUGGGAAGGGCUUCAAUGACACAUUCGACCUGAAGAGACACGUCCGCACCCACACUGGCGUGAGGCCCUACAAAUGCAGCCUGUGCGACAAGGCCUUCACGCAGCGCUGCUCCCUGGAGUCUCAUCUCAAGAAGAUCCACGGCGUGCAGCAGAAGUACGCGUACAAGGAGCGGCGGGCCAAGCUGUACGUGUGUGAGGAGUGUGGCUGCACGUCCGAGAGCCAGGAGGGCCACGUCCUGCACCUGAAGGAGCACCACCCCGACAGCCCGCUGCUGCGCAAGACCUCCAAGAAGGUGGCCGUGGCCCUGCAGAGCACCGUCACCUCCCUGCUACAGAGCAACCACCACCUGUGAGCGGUGCCGCCCGGCCUGGGCCCCCCUCCCCGCUGCCUGGCCGGUCCUCCCGCCGCCGCCCCUUGCCCCUUGGACACGGCGAUGGGGACCACUGGAGCCCCCCAGCACACGUGCUCACUCAGGCGCCACAUCGAGUGAGCUCUGCUCGCGGCUGCAUCUCUGUCUUCCGGGCCGAGCCUGGGCAGACACGUGUGAGUACGGGGUGGCCGUGAGGCCAAGGCUGCCUUCAGGUUGAAGGAGAGCACACCUAGAGACGGGACUUCCCUCCCAGAGGAGGCGCCGGAGGAUCCCCUCUCUGCCCUCUGGAGGGCAGGGGCGAGGACCACAGAGUAAAGAGC